AUGCUUCGGGCCUCGCUCUUGCUCGUAUUACUCCUCCUACUCUUCAUGGCCCAAGCCCAAGCCCAAGCCCAGCCCAUUUGCCUCAACAACGGCGGCAACUACACUUUCAACAGCACAUAUUCCGACAACCUCAACACCGUCCUCUCCUCCAUAUCCGACACCACCACAACCGGCUUCCACAACGCCUCCGCGGGCCGGGCCCACGCCAUCGCCCUCUGCCGGGCCGACAUUCACCCCGUUUCCUGCCGGACAUGCAUCCAAAACAUCACUUCCGAUCUGCUGACGUCAUGCCCCCGCCAGCGGCAGGCAAUCGGCUGGUCCGAGCACUGCAUGCUUCAAUACUCGGACGAGCCCGUUUACGGUAUCCUCCGCACCUGGCCCAGGGUCUACCUCUCGAGCACUCAGAACGCCACGAGCCCCGACAAGUUCGUUUCGGAUCUUCGGGCCCUUCUUGACGGCCUUCGGGCCGUGGCGGCCUCGGGCGGGGCCCGGUGGAAAGCGGCGGCCGGGAACGCGAGCGGGCCCGAUUUCCGGUCAAUCUUUGCGCUGGUGCAGUGCACCCCGGACCUGUCCGCGGAGGAUUGCGGCCGCUGCUUGGUUGAGGCUGCAGGGGCCUUAUCAGAUUGCUGUUGGGGUAGUGUCGGGGCUCGGGUGAACUUGCGCCCAGCUGCAAUAUCCGUUACGCGAUUUCGCCUUUCUAUAAUGAGACUCGGCUGGAAGAGCUGGCGUGCGGGCCCCACACAGACGAGCCGGGUCAACCGACCCCUGAUCCACCGAGUGCGUAAGGGCAACAAUGUAACCCGAGUUGUAAGCAUUACUGUAAUUUCAAUUGUUGCUUGCGCGGUGUUUGUUGUUUUCGUAUGCCUCUUGUUAAGAAAGAAAACGAGACGCAAACCAGAGGAAAAUCGUGAGACUGCUGCUAAUAACGAGGUGAGCGUGGAUGAAUCUCUUAUAUAUGCAUUGGGCACAAUCAGAGAUGCUACAAAGGAUUUUUCGGAUGAUUACAAGAUGGGGCAAGGUGGAUUUAAUUCGGACCUGUUUACAAGACAAGGAGAUUUGGAGUUCAAGAAUGAGGUCCUGUUACUGGCAAAACUUCAACACAGGAAUCUAUUUAGACUUUUGGGUUUUUUCAUAAACGAUAUUGCUUUGUUGUGUGUUCAGGAAAAUGCAGCCGAUAGGCCAACAAUGGCUUCGGUUAUCGUAAUGCUUAAUAGCUCCUCUUUAACUCUGGCGACACCUAUCGAGCCUGCGUUUUUUAUGCCUGCUGAUUAUGGUUCAGAGACUUCACUUCUUUAG